CAUUGUUAUCAUCCUAGGAAAUCGUAUUCAUUCCGCGCCUUUCAUGUGCCGAACAUAAAGUAUACAGAUGACGAUUUCAAUUUAUUAUUCUCAAUAGUUACCUAAUAUUUGAUUAAAAUUACGUAACAUUAUGCCAAAGGUUCUCUGUUUGUGAUAUUAAUUUGUCAGUUAAAAACCAUGUCCAGAUCUACGUUCAUAAAUUUCAAGCGAUUAGCUGAUACAAAUGUUUGUUUGAAAAACAGAAAAUGGAAACAUAUUAGUUUUACAAAUGGAAAACAAACUAUCUGUACAAUUAGUGAUUCUUCAAAAAUAAUUAUAACACCCAAAUGCUUAUGUUAUACUCAAACAAGAAUGUUUAUUAAUUUUUUGGUACCUGAUGGUGGAAGAAGUAAUAAAAAGGUGUAUAGAGACAAAAAAUUAAUUGGAUAUUCUCCAAUACAAAUGUUUGAUGUUAUUCAAGAUACAGAAAAUUAUAAAAAAUUUUUGCCAUUUUGCCGGCAGUCUACAGUCAUAUUAAAGGAGAAAAAUCAUGCAAAGACUUAUUUAGAAAUUGGUUUUCCACCAAUAAUAGAGAGUUAUGUAUCACAUAUAACAUUUGAGCAUCCUUAUAUGAUCAAAGCAGAGUGCCGCGAUGGAAAAUUGUUUAAAUAUUUACUUACUCAGUGGAAUUGUGAUCCUGGAUUAAAAGAUAAUCCAGGAACUUGUAUUAUCAAUUUUUUUGUAUCUUAUGAAUUUAAAUCGCAACUACAUUCGGCAGUAGCUAAUAUGUUUUUCAAUGAACUAGUUAAGCAAAUGGAGCAGGCAUUCUUUGAUGAAGCAGCUCGACGAUAUGGAAAACCAUGUAUCAAAGCCCAAAAACUAAAAUUAUAAUUUUUUUAUUUUUUUAUUGUUGUUUCAAGAGAAAUAACAAUAUAUGUUUUUUCUUGUAAUGAAUUAUGUUAAAGAGUUAGUGUUGAUUCUUGUGUUAAUGUUAAUUGAAGGGCUUUAGAAAUUUACUUAUUAAACUUUUAUCUCCAUUAUGAAAUCAUUGUUAUGUAGUCAAAGAAAAUUGAUAACUAUUGUGUUAACAAUAAGUUGUAAUAACAUCUACGGACUUGAUAAGUCAUUUAUUGUAAAUUUGUAAUUAUAACUAGGUAUAUUGAAAUACUGAUAAGUACUAAAUUAUUCACUAAU